AUGAGUUCGAAAAGUCUUCGUCAAGCAAACAAUGUCUGGAGUAACAAGUACUUCGCGAUUGCUAUUGGAGCAAUCAUGGCGCUGUUCACUGUCUCACAUUGGGCAAAGGUUCUGUACUUGAAAUACAAACCCAGGACCUCAAUGCCAUUUUUGAGAAGGCCGAUCCAGUAUUGCCGCAUUCUUAGGCGGUCUCUGAACAAUAAAGCUUUUGGUGUACCUAUCGGAACACGGCUUCUGUACUCUGUCUACUGGUCCAUCAAUUUGAUUCUUACUCUGACCAAUGUUGAUUUGCAUAAACUAUCAUAUGUUGCCAAGCGCCUCGGCUGGAUUUCAGUUGCCAAUUUUAUCCUGUUAGUAUUCCUCGCUCUGAGGAACACGCCACUUGCCCCGUUGUCAGGACGAUCCUACGACAAGCUUCGCCCGCUCCAUAAAACUGCCGGCUACACUUGCAUCACUACUAGUAUCCUCCAUGGAAUUGUAUAUUUAAAGGCCUUUGCUCAGGCGAGCGAGCUGAGACAAAUGUGCGAGAUACCAAAUCUUGCCGGCGGAAUUGCGGGAUUGGCAAUGGUUUUCAUUGGUCUUUCUACAAUCGGCUGGUUUGCUCGCAGAUAUUACGAGGUAUUUUACAUUAUUCAUUUGGUGAUGUUCAUGUUGAUCCUGAUUCUGGUCGGAAUGCACCGACCGCGUUUUGCUGAGUCGACGGUAGUCAUCGUCAUCGUCACAGCUUGUCUAUGGGGUUCAGAUCGACUCCUCCGUUUUGUCAAGUUCUGUUGGAAUUUCUUUGGCAAUCAUGCAACACUCACUCCAAUGGAAAACGGAGCGGUCCGGGUGAAGCUACACCGUAGCCUGCGGUGUACACCUGGAUCCCACGCCUUCUUGUGGAUGCCUUCUAUUCGCUUCCUUGAAUCGCACCCGUUUACACUUGUGUCCAACGACCCCGUCGAAUUUCUCAUCCGCAAAUACGACGGCUAUACCUCUGACUUGUUUGAGCUGGCCCAACAGCAGCCCGGGAAACGCGUACGAUGCUCAGUGGAUGGGGGAUAUGGACGGAUCCCGGACUUCACGAUUUUCGACCGUGUAAUCCUUGUCGCAGGUGGUAGUGGUGCCAGUUUCACCUUUGCACUUGCCCUCGGCAUCCUCAAGCAGGGUGCGGCCGGGAAUGCCACGAAGACCAUUGAUUUUAUCUGGACUGUCAAACACUCUGAGUCAUUAAACUGGUUUGAGAAGGAGCUCCAACAGCUCCAAGAAAGCCCUUGCGUGAACCUGUUCAUUCAUGUUUCUCGUGAUGUCACAUCUGAACAUUGCUCGAGUCUGGAUUUAGCGCUGGUGGCUGGAGACGUAGAGAAAGGAAAUGAAGAAGCAAAUGGCAGACCGAUCCCCAUUUCUGACCGACGGAAAGGGCGGCCGGAUACUGCAAAUCUGCUUGCCAGCUGCAUAUCACAAUGCAGCUUGGAGUCAAGGAUUGGGGUCGGUGUGUGUGGACCAAUUCAGAUGAUUGAGACCACACGCGCUGCCAUCUAUCAAUGCACGUACGAUAAUGGCCCUUCGAUUACUUUGCACGCCGAGGUAGGCACCUCGCCCCGCUUGCAUAUUGCAUCUUUUGCGCCACAUUAA